AGUUAGUCCAGACAGACCUGCUGAUCACAAGGAAGCCUUUAAUAUAACAGAGCCUCAAACUCAUCAGCGUGUAAGGCCAUCUCUUUUUUUUUAAAUAGAUAGAAAUUUGUAUGUAUAGAUAUAGAUAAUCAAGUGAUUUUAAAUAUAAUUUGAAAUAUCUGAGCGCAAAAGCAUUUUUUAACAACUGAAAACUUUCUCAAGCCUGUCCAAGUGAAAGCAAAUUGCAAUCUUAUAUAUUCCAAAUUGCACAAGAAAUAUUUAAUUACUUGAACAGAUAUUGUUCUAAUUUCAACACAGUGCCUUCAAUCAGUUUCGUACUGAGCAUCUGCCAGAUGUAGUUGGUUUUUCAUCAAGUUAUCAUUCAUGUUCAAAUAGUUACAAAUGAAGACAUUAGCUAAGGGAAAAGAUGAAUGAUGUGUUAUCCUUUAACCCUUUAAAUACCAUGAGUGACCAAGACAGAAUUUCUCCGUACAAUAUCAAGACAAUCUUGAGGCAGACAAGUGAUGAGAAAAAAGAAAAAUAUCAAUAAUUAUUAGUUGCUCCAAUACCAAAUUCUCCAAACUAACAGCACAAGAACUGUACGGUAGACAGUAAGGAGAAUUACUAAAAUGAGAUCUUGGUAGUUAAAGGGUUAAGAUGUCACCAUAUAUACCAGAUGCCACCUCAUAUCAUAACUCAGUGUAUUAUAAUUGCUCUUUGACUAUUCACUCUGAUUACCUUACAAAUCUUUGCAUUCUUUGACCUAUAUUAUAGGCAUGGCCAGAUGAUGAAGUACCAAAUUUCCAAAAUGAGAUUGCCUCCUUCUUCGAUAUCUGUGUUGACCUGUCUUUGAAAAUCCUUCACAUCAUGGCACUUGGGCUGCAACUUGAGGUGCUACAGACUGUAAUACUGUGAAAAUGUGCUGGAAUGUCUUAAUUGAAACAGGGUAUCAGGCCUACAACUAAGACUGUGGAUUUUUAAGGGACACAAUCUUAAUUUCUGAAAAUGGAAGAACAACCAGGGUUAAAAUUAAUGAAUGGGUGAAAAGUCAUUUGAGAUAUAAACUCUUGGAUAACCAACAUUUGUGAUCAUUACUAUUUUUUCAUAUUUGAAGGAAAAUGUAAGUCAUUGUACAUCCAGCUCAACAGCAAAAAACAUAAAUUUUUUCAUCAGUUAAAUUUGUUUUUGAAUAUGGCCUCCUCUUAAUAACCCUUUAACUCUCAGAAGUGAAUAACAUGUAAUUUCUCCCUAUAAUAUCCGUACAUUAUCCAGUGAGCAGGGAGUGAGAAUACUCAAACUUAUCAGAUUGAAGUUGUUAUCUUGAUUUAACACCAAAUUCUCCCAACAAAUUUACAAGGAAAUGUGUAGCUGCCAGAUGGGAGAAUUGAUUAUUAGAUCUUGGGAGUUAAAGGGUAAGGUACAUAAGAAAAAAUUCUGCAAUUUUUUUUUUUUUGUAGGAUCCAGAUGUUUUUACAAACACUCACAAGAUAAUGGCCAGUUCUAAGAACUGCACCACCUUACGACUGUUACACUACCCAUGCCUUCCUGAAGACAAGAUAAUUAAACCAGGACAAAUCCGCUGUGGAGAACACACUGAUUAUGGAUCAAUAACUCUCCUCUUUCAAGAUAACAUGCCGGGACUUGAGGUAUCAUGACUAUUACUUCUUAUAUCUUGAAGGGUCCUUUCAUUAAAGCUAAUCAGCUCUUUGCCAAAAUGAUUCUCCCUUGUUGCAGUAUAUCACUUGCAAAGACUACAAGUGCUUACCGUUUAUAAUGUUAAUAGGACUGACUGGAGUCCAAUUUGGUCUGUAAUCAUACGAGUGACAAACAAAAUCGGACAACUCCACUCAGCCUCGUGAUUAAUUAAUUAAAACUAUGGCAAAAUUUGAGAAAGAAACUAAACAUCGAUAAUACAAUUUCAUAAAAUAAGCAACAGAUACUCGGCAAAAUGCACGACAACAGCAAGCGCACAUGACGCAAAACGUCCACUUCUACAGGCAGGUCGAGCACACUGUUCUAUUAGUGAUUAUAUUGGGCUGGUGAUAAGCAAUAACGUUAGAGAAUUUUGUUAUAGUUUUGAUUAACCCAUGGAAUACCUGGUUGAAUCAAAAGUCAAUCAUGAAAUGUUUACACAUGAAAUUUUCAAACCCUGUGUGGCUCAUGGAAAUGUCAAGUACCCUGAUUUUAAAUUAAUUUAUCUCCUUUUGGCAGGUCUUACCUCUUGGAUGUUCAGAGUAUGUACCUGCCCCUCCCCUCCCAGGAGCAAUAGUGGUCAAUGUAGCAGACCUCAUGCAGAGGUGGACUGGUGACCGGCUGAAGUCAACGGUAAGGAGAUACCUGCUGAUACAGAAACCUGUUGAUAUUACCACCAUUGUGGCCGCAUAAAAGGGAUGGGAUUGUGUAAAAAAUACUAAGUUUUCUAAAGAGAAUGGUUUUACCUAGACUAGCAAUACUUCUGCCUUCAGUAGAAUGGAGAAAAUUAUGUAAACUUUUUGAAGCAGAUCUAUUACAUGAUAAAUUGUGAUUGUAGGGAUAAAUUCCUAUUCCUCGUGUGGCUAAUCGUAUUAAAGAAGUGACGUUAUGAAGGAAAUAACGAUGGGGGUAUCCAGAAGGUGGCUAUUGGUCAUAACAUCUGCCCACACCCCUAAAGAAGGUGGUAGAGGAACACUUCAAAGUUAAAAUAAGUUUCUUCCUACUUUUCCAUGUCUCCUUUUCCUUGUGGUUUCUUUUUUUCAGCGCCAUCGAGUUUCCAUUCCAUCAGAAGAGUGUCACCGGCGCGUUCCGAGACGUUCUUUAGCCUUUUUUGUCCACCCCGAUGACGACACGGUGAUUGAAUGUCUUGAUGGAUCUCAGAAGUAUCCUCCAAUAACGGCCUAUGAUUACCUAUGGCAACGGCUCAAAGCGACUUACGAAUACUGAAACAGUUCACAAGAUUUUGGAUACUAGGAGGUGAUUGAAACCAGUAACUGAUUGUGUUCGUCAUGUCAGGUUCGAUUUGUAGAAGACUGCAGCAUACCGGCAAUAGAGAAAGGAGUGGCGUAAUAAAUGUUGACAUCAAGUUUAUAGUCAUUUGGAGAAAGCAGUUUAGCUCUUUAUCAGAAUUAAGCAUUUCAUACAGUAUCGCCCUUCUCACCGUGAAUCUGUGACGAUACUGAAAUCACUGGUUUUUGUGGCUGGCCUAAUGGUUUGCUGGCUGAAUUCAAGAUCGAAAGUUUCGGGCUCGAGUCAGGAUCAUCUUGCUUCUCUUCUUCAGGGGUAUACGGGUUUCUUUUUCCGAAGACGCGUUGCUCCAGAUACGAUUGUAAGAAGAAGAUGAAUAUGUGUCAAAGGCACGAACAGUUAGCGAUGAUUUAAAUAGGAUUGUCUGGGCUUACGAUCGGUUCAUAACAUAAAAAUAAGGUAGAGCACCUUGUGCUAGCACACACAGGUUAAGCCUUGGUCAGUGAGAUUCAGUAUUUCAUGAAACAGCGCAACAUCUCGACACUUGUCCCUCAUUUUUCCUAGCGAAACCGAAUGAUGAACUCGGGUACUUUCGAAGCAUAAUUUACAUUCAGUGUAGUAGGUGAUGUGUGUCCUGCACAUAUUGUCAGACUGAAGUGCUUUUUAAUGCUUGUCAAUUUUUUCUAUUGUAUUCCGUCCCCAACUACUAGAAGUGUCCUCUGAUGAGUGUCUAAGAACCAAAAGGAAACGCUCAAUCAGUGCCGUGACAAAUUAAAUUGUUACACUGAGAUACUCGUGAUUACUAUAUAUAGCUACAUGCAAACUGCUUUAAGUGCGGGAGAUGCGAGUGACCAAUUCAUGAUUGAUUUUAAUUUUUUCCCUCAAAUUGGCCAAAGAGCAAUAACAGACCCACACUGUAUGUAGAUGGGUAAGUUGAAGAUAUACAUUGAUAUGUUUUGGCACAACUUGCCAAAAACCCAGGUUUCUGACCCUUUUUGUAACCGCUUCCGAUAAAACUGAAUGUUACCGCUACUGAGAGAAGCUGCGAAAUAUUUUCUGGUUAGAUUGACGCCUCCGUCAUUAUUGCUUUUAAGAUAAAAAAAUUAUAGUGAGGUUUUCAGUUCAGAAUAAGACCC